UCCCUCAGUCUCACUCCCACCGUGGCCAGAAAGUCCCUGGGUGCGUUCGUCUCGCUCUUUCUAGACUCCAACGUCGCCAUGACGCUCACGCCGCCACUUUUCCUGGCGCUGACGCUCGGCCUUAUGGGCGUACAGGCCACCGUGGAUCUCCGCACGGCCGCCGCCAUGGCGGCAGGGCUUUGCAAGACGCGCCCCACCGACCUGGUGUUCAUUGUGGACAGCAGUCGCAGCGUACGACCCUCUGAGUUUGAGCAGGUCAAAGUCUUCCUGGCCAAGGUCAUCGAGGGCCUUGACGUGGGCCCCAACGCCACUCGUGUGGGCGUGGUCAACUACGCCAGCAGAGUCAAGAACGAGGUGUCCCUGAAGACGCACCGCACCAAGGCUGCGCUUGUUAAGGCGGUGACCAAAGUGGAGCCUCUGUCCACGGGCACCAUGACAGGCCUGGCUAUUCAAUUCGCUCUCAAUGUGGCAUUCAGCGAGAACGAGGGCGCUCGCGUCAAGUCUCCCGAUAUCAGCAAGGUGGCCAUCAUCGUGACGGACGGUCGCCCCCAAGACAACGUGAAGGACGUGGCCCAGCGCGCACGAGACGCCGGCAUCGAAAUCUUCGCCAUCGGCGUGGGCCGCGUGGACAUGAGCACGCUCAAGCAGAUGGCAAGCGAGCCCCUGGACGACCACGUAGACUACGUGGAGAGCUACAGCGUCAUCGAGAAGCUCACCAAGAAGUUCCAGGAGGCUUUCUGUGUGUCGGACCUGUGCGCCACCGGAGAUCACGACUGCCAGCAGGUAUGCAUCAGCUCCCCCGGAUCGUACAAGUGCGCCUGCAAAGAAGGCUUUACCCUCAUGGACGAUGGACGUACCUGCAGUGCGUGCAGCAACUCUGCGACAGACGUGGUCUUCCUGAUCGACGGAUCGAAGAGCGUGCGUCCGGAGAACUUUGAGCUGGUCAAGAAGUGGAUCAACCAAAUUGUGGACAAGCUGGACGUGUCAGACAGCAAAGCGCACGUCGGCCUGGUGCAGUACUCCAGCCUGGUCCGACAGGAGUUCCCGCUGGGUCGCCAUAACAACAAGAAGGACCUGAAGGAGGCCGUGAAGAAGAUGGCAUACAUGGAGAGGGGAACCAUGACCGGUCAGGCUCUGCGCUACCUCACCGACAAAAGCUUCAGCAUUGGCCACGGCGCUCGGCCGGGCGUCUCCAAGGUGGGCAUCGUUUUCACGGAUGGACGCAGCCAGGACUACAUCGGUGAUGCUGCCAAGAAGGCCAAGGAAAUGGGUUUCAAGAUGUAUGCAGUGGGCGUGGGCAAUGCCGUGGAGGAUGAGCUGAAGGAGAUCGCCUCGGAGCCCACUGGGGAGCACUACUUCUACACCGCAGAUUUCAAGGCCAUGACGCAGAUUGCCAAGAAGCUGCAGAUUAACAUCUGCCAAGAGGAGGAUCCAUGCGAGUGUGACUCCCUGGUUAAGUUCCAGAAGAAAGUAGAAGAAGCCCUGCAAGCACUAACAAAGAAAGUAGAGAGUAUGUCUAAGAGGAUCGCUCUGCUGGAGAACAAAAUUGUGUGAGAACUCCGCAUCAAACACCCAGACCACCUCUUAGUCCUCCUCCUCUCUCAGCCUCCUGGGACACAAAAAGCAGCGGUUGCCAUGGAGACUGUGCCUUUGUUAAUACAAGUCUUCCCUCAUAGGGAAACACUGAUGGUAACCUUCCCUGAAAAAAGCCCACAUGGUGUCACCUUCACGCGUUUGUCCCAUUUUUUAAAAAUCUAUUUUAUUCAUCACUUUGUCACUUCUCGUAUAUAAAAUGCAAGAAAAAGAAUAUAAGAUUUGUCUAAUAAUAAGGGUACAACCAUGGUGUUUAUUUUCCUAAAUAAA